AUGAGCGCACUGCACCUGGCAGUUUUCAAUAGCCAUGCGCAAGUGGUCCAAUUUAUUCUUACCCAAAACAAAAGCGAUAUCGAUACAAUGGAUGGCACAUCGACAACUCCGGUCAUGCGGGCCUCACUAAAUGGAAAUCACCAGAUUAUGCGGAUGUUACUCGAGCACGGAGCCGAUGUCAAUGCCCAGGGUGGUGACUACGACACUGCCCUUCAAGCUGCGUGUUUUGAAGGACACGAUCAAAUUGUGCGGAUGUUACUCGAGCAUGGAGCUGAUGUCAACGCCCAGGGUGGCAUAUACAAUACUGCUCUUCAGGCCGCGUGCUUUAAGAGACACGACCAGAUUAUGCGGAUGUUACUCGAGCAUGGGGCCGAAGUCAACGCCCAGGGUGGUGACUACGACACUGCCCUUCAAGCUGCGUGUUUUGCAGGACACGAUCAAAUUGUGCGGAUGUUACUCACGCAUGGAGCUGAUGUCAACGCCCAGGGUGGCAUAUACAAUACUGCUCUUCAGGCCGCGUGCUUUAAGAGACACGACCAGAUUAUGCGGAUGUUACUCGAGCAUGGGGCCGAAGUCAACGCCCAGGGUGGUGACUACGACACUGCCCUUCAAGCUGCGUGUUUUGCAGGACACGAUCAAAUUGUGCGGAUGUUACUCACGCAUGGAGCUGAUGUCAACGCCCAGGGUGGCAUAUACAAUACUGCUCUUCAGGCCGCGUGCUUUAAGAGACACGACCAGAUUAUGCGGAUGUUACUCGAGCAUGGGGCCGAAGUCAACGCCCAAGGUGGUCACCAUAGUACUACUCUUCAGGCUGUGUGCUUUGAAGGACACGACCAGAUUGUACAAUUGUUGAUAGACCAUGGGGCCGAUGUCAAUGCUCAAGAUGAACGCCACGGCACCCCCUCCGGGCUGCCUGUGCUGGAGGACAUAAUCAGAUUGUCCAGAUACUUCUAG